AUGCACUGGGAAGCUCCGCACUUGAAGGAGGCGGGCCUGGACGCCCGGGCCCCGCCCCCGGCCCUCGCCCACUCCCUCCGGCCCCGCCUCUCUUCCCAGCAGCCCGAGGGCCGCGUGACCACCCCGGGCCCCGGGUCAGCCUCCUGGGCGCCGAGGCCGCGGUCCCUUCGCGCUGCGCUCGGGGGACAAGCGCGGGUGCAGCUGGGCUGCGGGCCGGUGCGAGGGCCGGCCCCGCGCCACCUGCCGUCCGGGACGCCCUUUCCCUUCCUGCCCGGGUUAUUCCUCCUCGCUCCUCUGGUUUCAGCCACGUUUCCUCCGGGAAGCCUUCCCUGGGGCCCCGGCUUGCACGUGAAAACAAACACGCGAACGCCCGGUUGGCAAGGCGACGGAGGCACCAGGGGAAAGUGCAGCCUCCGGUCGCCCCACGCCCGCCGCGCUCCGGACGCCAGCGGCGCGGCCCGACCCGAGCUCCCCGGCCCGGGGCCGCCGGUGCCCGCGAGGCUGCACCCGGGCCGGGCGGCCAGGCGGGCGCAGGGCCCCGCGGGCCGCGGCCGCCCAGGGCUGAGUCCAGUCCGCGUUUUGCGAGUGCGCCCGAGCAAUCAGAGAGAAGUGGAUAAUAGUUGCUCGGGCUCGCCCGGCUCCCUCUCAAGCCAUGCUGGGCCCGAGCGGCUCAAGUCAGUCGUGUAUUUUUACCCAUAUCCGGGGUAG